AUGUUUGAUGAUGGACAAUACCUGCCAGAAAUGAACGCUCGAUGGGACGAUCUCCCCACGUCCCUCCUCUACGAAGAACUCGCGCGUCGACAAACUGAGGGCGAACGACCGGCUUGCGGAUCGAAGAACAAGUCGCACAACUACAAUGUCACCGCCCACGUGCUCGCCCUCAUCCUCAUCCUCGCCCUCUCCACCGGCGCAUGCUGUUUUCCGCUCAUCGUACGCCGCUUCCCUAAGCUGCACAUACCCGAGAAGGCCCUCUUCAUAAGUCGGCACUUCGGCACUGGCGUGCUCAUAGCAACGGCAUUCGUGCACCUCUUCCCGACAGCCUACACGAAUCUCCUCGAUCCAUGUCUCCCGCCCUUCUGGACCGAUGUCUACCCGGCCAUGCCAGGCUUCAUCGCCAUGACCAGUGUGUUUGUGGUGGUGGGCAUAGAGAUGUUCUUUGCGACGAAAGGAGCGGGACAUAGUCAUAGCGUGGACUUUGCGCAGCUGAGAGGAGAUGGCGAGACGGGGAUGGAAAGAAGGGGGCCAGAUUUGAGGAGGAGCAUGGAUAGCUUCAAUUCGUUCCGGCAGGUGCCGCUUGGCGAUGAGACACCACAGAAAGACGUACAGCUGCAGGACCAGCGAAGUCCAUAUCAAGACUCGCCCGCACGGCCCGGAAGUGGAUCUCCCAGCAGUUCUCUGAACAAGCCCCUUCCACCAGAGCCCGAGGGUGAGGACUCAGAUCUUGAUCUCGAUGAGCUAGACCCUGCAGCGGACGAUGAUCAAGCACCAUUGACACGACGGACUCCAUCCGACGACAGUGACGACGAGGGUCAUCUUGCUCCGGCCAAUGGCCACACUAACGGGCGGCCGAAACAACACAACCGACGAGUCUCCUGGGCAGAUCAACAAACCCACUCUCCCAACACAGAGCGCACCCCUGAAGAGCAACGUCUCGUUCUCCAGUGCCUCAUGCUCGAGGCCGGCAUCCUCUUUCACAGCGUCUUCAUCGGCCUAGCAGUCUCCGUCUCCACCGGCUCCGCCUUCGCCGUACUCCUCGUCGCCGUAGCAUUUCAUCAAACUUUCGAGGGUCUUGCCCUAGGGUCCCGCAUAGCCUCCAUUGGAUCCUUCUCCUUGACAUCUUAUAAGCCAUGGAUCAUGUGCCUCCUCUACGGGAUCGCGACACCGAUAGGACAGGCGAUUGGACUGGGGGUACAAGGGCUUUAUGACCCCAUGUCGGAGUUUGGGCUGUUGAUGGUGGGGAUUAUGAAUGCGAUCAGUAGUGGGUUAUUGCUUUAUGCUGGGCUGGUGCAGUUAAUGGCGGAGGAUUUCUUGAGUGAUUCGAGUUAUCAUGAACUUAGAGGAAGACGGCGGUUACAAGCUUGUGGGUCUGUUGUUGCUGGGGCGUUGCUUAUGGCUAUGGUUGGAGUUUGGGCAUAG